GGAUUUUUAGUUCUCGGGUACCAUGGGAGGGGGUAUCCUAGCCCUCUAUAAGGUCAUCGAGAUAUGUGACAAAUCAAAAUGGUGUUUUAAAACAAAUAUAUUACAUGGAUUCAAAAAAAGGUCAUUAUGUCCAAUACCUAUGAAAUACGAUGUGUCAGGUACUUAUAGUUUUGUGAGAUGGAUUCUGUACCGUGAUCUAUUGCUCUGUUCGGUCGGAACACGAUUUCAAAAUUCAAAGUACAAGGGCGGUUUAAUAUAUUUGUUUGGUCCGCUUCGUUCCUAACAUUCCCUCAUCCCACUCGCAGCUCCUCCAGUUGGAUAGUGCGCGACGGCGAUUGCGGAAGAGGAUGUCCACGGGGGGUCUGGCCAACGGCGAUGGUUCGUAUUGGAGUGAAGCAGCCGGCGCCAAGUACUCGAAGUGGGCACCACGGAUUGCUCGAGAUUCAUCAGGUUCGCCCUCUCCCUGCAUUGCUUCAUCUGGGAAUCUGCCUCAUUUAGGCAUCGAAGCGGAACCCCAUGCGACCUCUUCCGUGGAGAAAAGCUCAAGUUCGGCAGCAAAUUUUUGGUCUCAGGGUUGUCUAGUGGAAAACGAACUGGAAUGGGUCGAGUCUAUGCUAAAGGAGGAUAGUACUAGAACAACCUUGUUAAUGGGAUCUGGUGCAAUUGAUUUGAAUGUGUCUUGUGGAAGUGAGCAAGGUGGUGUAUCAGAUGGAUUGGAUUUGCAAGGUCAUAUAUCCAACAGUAAAGUGGUACCGUCAACUACUGAGGGAAGGGGGAUAUGGAUGCCUAUGGAGAUUUGCUCAACAACAAAAAAGAGUUGCAGGUUAACCGAUGGCCGUUCGAGGCAGUCGACUAGUGCUGCAGCCUCCAAAAUGCUGGAUCUUAAUACAGAGUAUGCGAAAUCUGGGUUCACAACAUAUUGCAAUGAAAAUGAAACUGAAGUUCAGGGUACACGAGAUAUAGUACAUACUGAUGGAUACAGCUCAGCCCAUAAUGCUAUUACUUCAGUACAGAGUUCGAAUUGCCAGCUAGAAUAUGUUGGGAUUGACAUAGACUUGAAUGUUGAACAAGCAUACAAUGAUUUGCCACAUAUUGAGAGUGGGACUACAAUAUGUUUGGAUGCAACUAAAUUAGCACAUGGAGGAUCCCUGGUUGUCAGUGGUACUCAAAAUGUGGGGUGGAAACGUAGGAACACCACAUUUGAGGGGCCAGACUAUAGGGAUCCCUUACCUGGGAAGCCUAGUGCGUUGCAGCAAGCGUUGAUGAAGUUUGCAGAUCGGACAAGUGAUUACAUCAUUAAUCCAGCAGUUGGUACUGAGUUUGAUAACUGCGAGGAGGCUUUUGAAUACUACAAUUUAUAUUCAUGGGAAUGUGGUUUUGGAAUCCGCUGGGGCAAGAAGCGAUGGUCGGAGAGGAAAAGGAAAAGGCAAAGUCCAGAAACAAAACCAUACCAGCUAGCUCAGGAUUUUUACUGCAGCUGUCGGGGGCACCCUGAAGCAAAUGUGAAGACAAGUUCAGCAAAAACAAAUUGUCGCGCAAUGUUGCGGCUUCAUCGAACAUCGGAUCAUGGCUGGAUUGUAGUGGAACAUGUAGCUGAUCAUAAUCAUCCUCUCUCCCAAUGUUAUGGAGAGAAAAAACAGUGGCCAUCUCAUCAUCAUCUAGAUAAAUUCUCAAAAGACUUGGUACGUAUGCUUCGAGAGAACAACAUAGGUAUUACCAAGUUGUACAGUAUUCUAGGGACAUUUUUUGGAAGUAUGCAGAAUGUACCAGCCACUAAGAGAUGUCUUAAGACAGUUUGUCACAAGAUUAAUCGAGAACAAGCAGAUGAUGACAUAAAGAAGACUUUGGACCUUGUACGUGAACUUCGGGAAUCAGAUCCAGGUUUCAUGUUCAGUGUGGACACAGAUGAGGAUGGAAGGAUUAAGACUUUGUUAUGGACAAACAGCAGGAGCAGGAUGCAAUAUGAGCAUUUUGGAGAUGUUGUAAGCUUUGACACUACUUUCAAGACAAAUUUGUAUGAUAUGCCAUUUGGGUUAUUUGUGGGAGUCAACAAUCAUUUCCAAACAGUCUUGCUUGGAGGGGUUCUUACCACAGAUGAGAAAGUUGACACUUUCAAGUGGGUGUUCAAAGAGUUUGCAUCAUUAAUGGGUGGCCACACUCCUAAGGUUAUACUCACAGAUCAAUGCAGAGCAAUGGAAGUGGCAAUUGCAGAAGAAUGGCCGGACACAGUGCAUCGUUGGUGCAAAUGGCAUGUCUUGAAGAGAGUUAAAGAGUGCGUAGGAACAAAGUAUACUAGCAACAAGGAAUUCAGGGACAAAUUCCAUUUGAUGUUGAAUGAAAUGUUGACCAUAGAAGAGUUUGAAUCGAGCUGGGCUCAGCUACUCAAGGAUUAUGGGCUAACAAAUAAUGCUUUCUUGAACCAGAUAUAUGCAACAAGGCACAAAUGGGUAAAGAGUUACUUCAAGGGUGUGUUUUGUGCUCGAAUGACUAGUACUCAGAGAAGCGAGAGCGCUAAUAUGAUGCUAAAGAAUAUAGUUGCUCCUAAUUGUCCUUUGCAUCAGUUCAUACAGCAGUACAUGAAGAUGCAAUAUAUUAGAGAUGAGGAUGAGAACUAUGAGGAAAGGCGUAACAAGCUGAAUUCCAAGAAAGUUUGCACCGGAGGUCCUCUCGUACUACAUGCUCAUAACAUUUACACGCUGAAAGUAUUUGGUUUGUUCUCACAACUAAAGGAAGAGUCUGAGUUCUACAGAGCAAUGGAGGUUAUUCCAGGAGAGGAGUAUAUAGCAGAGCACUAUGAUCUUAGUCGUGUCCAGCGUUGGUGCAAAGGGCGGUACAAAGUUCAGGUGACAGAUGGUGCCCAAAAUUACAAGUGUGAAUGUGGGCUAUUCGAGCACUUUGGCUUACCAUGUAGCCAUAUCUUAAGGGUCCUGAUUACUAAUGGCAUGCAGAAAAUCCCAGACUCGUUGAUCAUGCAGUGAUGGAGCAAGUCAGCAAGACAUAUUGUUCCACAAGAGCUGUCACAGUACAAGAAAGACAAUCCUGCAUUGCUGUCUCAGACAUACAGGCAUUCGUCAUUAAUGCUGAAAGCUCUACGUUUUGUAGAAAUGGGGGACAGCAAUGCACAGAGCCACACCAUGGCUAUGAAAUUGUUAGAUGAUGGUAUAGAGGCAUUAAAAGAAAUAUCGAAAGUGAAAGAUGGUCUAGGUUUAUCUCAUGACCAUGUUUCUAGUGAGCAAGGAGUUGCCGAGGACCCGGGAGUUGAUAAUUUUCCCCAGCGAGUACCAAAGAAGAAAUGCGAAAGGGGGCGGCCAACCAACAAGAGGCAAAAAGCUGGUCACGAGAAACUGUCAAAGCGUCCACGCUUCUGCAGCCUCUGCCGCAGUGACAAGCACACACUCAAAACUUGCCCACAGCGUGAUCCAAGAACCAAGAAGCCUAGGCAGGCAGCUACUUGUAGCGGCUGCGGAGUCAUGGGCCACUCUGUCGAUCGAUGCAUUGGCAAUCAUAAGCAACUGGUACCCACUGAGAUUAUGUUCAUGUAGUGGCAAUCGUAAGCAAGGGUCAACAUGUUUUACUUCUUAUACAUGUGUUGUUGUUUAAUGAUGUAUUUGCCCAGACUUGGAAUGGCUAUUUUGUUCCAGCACGAAAUGAAUAUAGGAUGCCUUGUAAA